AGAUGUUAUGCAUAGUGGGAGGAAGAAUCACUACACAUUGGAGAUGGAAGGAAAAGUGAUCAAGCUUGAACCGUUGGAGCCAAAUGAAGUGUUAAAAGAGCAAGUGAAUUUAAGGGCGUCCUUGAAAAAUACUACAAGAAAAAGUGAGGAUGAGAGAGAAAAGAUAGAGAGAAGUAAGGGAGAGAAAAGUGACAACUCUAGAGUGGAAAAAGGAGAGGAAAAUUUGAGUGAAGAGAGUGAGUUGUCACAAGAGAAGAGAGAAGAGAUUGAAAAGAAAGUGAGAGAAAAGAAAGAGGGAAAACAAAAGAUUGAGAGUGAAGAUCUUUCUUAUUCUAAUGUUCCUAACUUUUCUACUUUCUCUAGUUAUUUUGUGUCUUGUGAAGGAACUCUUGGAGAGGAGAAUUUGAAGGAGCAAUCAAAAGGGGAAAAUUCAUCUUUGGAGAAUUUGGAAGAACAAGGUACCUUUUCAAGAGAAUCUAUGGGCUUAAUUGAGCAAGAUCAACGUAAAGAAAAUUUAUUUGAAGAGUUUCAAGGGAUGAAUUUCUUUAAAGGAGGGAAUGAUGGGAUACAGGGUGACCAUCAAAAAAUUGGAGGCUUCAUUCCAAAUUUCAAGAUCCACAAUAUGCUUAUGUGAAUAUUUAAAGAAUGGAGAGCAAAGCCCAAGAUAAUUAGAAGCCCAAAUUAAGAAAGAAGACCCAGGUCUUUGGUCUUCAAUUAAGAGGCCCUAAGUUAAUGGGUAUUUUAGUAUUUUUGCUUAGAUAUGGACCAUAGUAUAAAUAAGCUCUUAUGUCUUUAUUUUGGAAGAUAGAUUAUGUUGGAUUAUGAGCGUAGAUUACUCUUUUAAGAGUUGGGGAGUAUCCCAUACCUCCUCUUGAACCUCUCUUGAAGUACUACGAGUAGGUAAUUCAUGUAUGAGUUCAUAUCUCUUCUCCCUUUAGAUUAUAUUUCGUAUUUGAAUGUUAAUCUAAUUAGUUCCUAUA